CAGACGGGCUCCAGUUCGUCCUCCGGCGCAGGGAGCGCAGCAAGCCGCGCGUGGCCACAACUUACUGCACGAGUUUUUACCUUGAGGGACUCUUCUUCUUCUCCUGUUCGUUUCUACUCUGUCUGUUUUCACGCAGAAACGUCACAGAAGUCACUUUUAAGAAGUUGUUCAAGUCGCAGGCGGAUUAAACCCACCGAGAAAACGCAUCAAGUGGUUUUUACGCACCUGGCUCCCUGUGGCGCAGAAAGAGGACGCUUCUGGAUAUUUUUUGCUCACAUUAAGCAAAUGUUCAAAGUAUCUUUAUUUCAUGUGAGCACCUUUUUGUGGUAAACUCUGUACAGAGCUGAUGAUGCGACUCUUUCAGGCAUACAAGACGUGUUUGGAGGACAUGCAUGUUCCAUGGUCGUUAGAUUUAUUGGGACGUGACUGCCGGAUAUGAACUUUCUCCGUAAUGAUUGCAGGAGCGCUGGUGAAUGAUUGACAGCGUGAAGACUCUUUCCAACUGGCUGUGCCAUCAGAUAUCAAUUAUAACCUUCAACAAGCUGAUUGGUGGAGCAGAACAUUCUUUUAUUGACUCAUCCAGAAGAUAAAGUUUCAGUCAUGAACUUUGGUAAAAUAAGCCCUGAUUUUUUUAAAUUGAUGUAAAGACUUUAGAUUUUCCCUGAUAACUGAGACUUAUUUCAGCAUGGCAUCAGCAGAGAGACUCGCACCGUACAGGCUGAUGUUGUUCCUGUAUCUUUUUAUCUGGUCUCCUGAUUUAACAUUAGGAGCCUCCAAGGACCUGUCUUGUGAGCCUAUUACGGUGCCCAUGUGUAAGAGCAUCGGCUACAACCUGACCUACAUGCCCAAUCAGUUCAAUCACGACACCCAGGAGGAGGUGGGGCUAGAAGUGCACCAGUUCUGGCCCCUGGUCCGCAUCCGCUGCUCCCCGGACCUGCUGUUCUUCCUGUGCAGCAUGUACACUCCAAUCUGCCUGCCUGACUACAGGAAGCCGCUCCCCCCCUGUCGCUCUGUGUGCGAGCGGGCCAAGCGGGGCUGCUCCCCCCUCAUGAGCCAGUAUGGCUUUGAGUGGCCUGAACGGAUGAGCUGCGAGCAGCUGCCACAGCUCGGCGAUGAGACCCUGUGCAUGGACCAGAACAGCAGUGAGACUACCACUCUGGCUCCUCCGUUCCCAAAGUCCACCCCGAAAGUCAGAACCAGACCUCCCAGCCCAUCACAGUGUGACAGGGAGUGCCGCUGCAGAGACCCCCUGAUUGCCAUCAAGCGGGAGUCCCAUGCUCUUCAUGGCAGAGUCCAGACAGGGCCUUUGCCCAACUGCGCCCAGCCCUGUCACCAGCCCUACUUCUCAGCAGAUGAACGAGCCUUUACCAGCUUCUGGGUAGGACUCUGGUCCGUGCUAUGCUUCAUCUCCACCUUGACCACCGUGGCCACUUUCCUCAUUGACAUGGAGCGGUUCAAGUACCCGGAGAGGCCCAUCAUCUUCCUGGCUGCCUGCUACCUCUUCGUCUCCUUGGGUUACAUCAUACGUCUGGUUGCAGGGCAUGAGCGAGUGGCUUGUGGGUCAAGCAGCCUUGGUGGAAACCAGCUGCACAUCCUCUAUGAUGCUUCUGGCCCUGCUCUCUGCACCCUCGUCUUCCUGCUGGUGUACUUCUUUGGGAUGGCCAGCUCCAUCUGGUGGGUGGUGUUAUCUUUCACAUGGUUUCUUGCAGCAGGGAUGAAGUGGGGCAGUGAGGCCAUUGCUGGAUACUCACAGUAUUUCCACCUGGCUGCAUGGCUCAUCCCCAGUGUCAAGUCCAUCGUGGUCCUCGCUCUCAGUUCUGUGGAUGGGGACCCUGUGGCUGGGAUCUGCUACGUUGGGAACCAAAGUCUGGAGAAUCUGAGGGGAUUUGUGCUGGCCCCUCUUGUGGUCUACCUCUUCACAGGCUCGCUUUUCUUACUGGCUGGGUUUGUCUCUCUGUUCCGCAUCAGGAGCAUCAUCAAGCAAGGUGGCACUAAGACGGAUAAACUGGAGCGACUGAUGAUCCGCAUUGGGCUGUUCACAGUGCUGUACACGGUCCCUGCCACCAUUGUGGUAGCCUGCCUGGUCUAUGAGCAGUACUACCGACCUGGCUGGGAGCGAGCCUUGGCCUGCUCCUGUCUGUCGGAGCGCCAGCUCUCGGGCUUGGGCCCAGACUAUGCUGUCUUUAUGCUCAAGUACUUCAUGUGCUUGGUGGUGGGCAUCACAUCUGGAGUCUGGAUUUGGUCGGGAAAAACUCUGGAGUCCUGGAGGAGAUUUGUGGCUAGAUGCUGCCCCUGCUGGCCGCACAAGGCCACUGCACCGCCUUCCAUGUACAGCGAGGCCAGCACAGCCUUAACUGGGCACACUCGAACUGGGUUGACAUCAGGGAUGUAUCAAAAAGGCCCUCCGUCCCAUUUAUGAACCGUGUGUCACCGCGAAACAUUUUCAAGAACCGAACACUUGUGAUGUGAUUGUUCACAAAAAUCAGAACCAUUUGUUGGUGUCAUUUGACCUUAAAUAUAAACUAUAAACGGUAAAUGUACAGAACGAAAAGAUUUAGAGCGUUAAAAAAAAAAAGCAUACAGUUAGGGUGAUACUGGUUAAAAAAAGUAACAUAUGUUUGAGGCUCUGAAUCUUGAGAAAAUCCCUAUAAGUGAUUCUUUUUUUUUUUUUUUUUGCACUCAAGCUGAGACACUUGACCAAAUCUGACUCACCUAAUAAAAAAAAACAAUCUGAUAUUCCUGAGCACUGGAAAAAUAACAAUAUAUAUUUAUUGUGUACAUAUUGCAAAUAUUUGUGGUAAAGAAAAAGAACGUAAUGUGUUUAGUUUCUAUUAAAAAUGUUUAAGAGACCACAGAAACAAAUAUUUGUGAUCUGGAGAAACGGUCUAUAAAUGUGACGUUAUAGCUGUGUGUUUGCGUUGUGGUGCUCUGUGUGAAUCUAAACUGAAUGUGUUCUUGGAAAUUCAUUACUGUGACUAGGAACUUCAUUUGUUUUGUCUGUAUAGUGCGUUCUAACAAGACCUCUUUAGUUAUGUGAAGUCAUUAAAGUGUCUUUGUGAACUUUGUGAAA